AUGAUGUCAUGGAAGUCUUUGGGCCGCUUACUGUCUGGAAUCAAAGGUGCUUAUAAUGAUAUUAACCCUGCAACCCUUACUGGAGCUAUCGAUGUAAUUGUUGUGGAACAACAGGAUGGCUCUUUUACCUGUGGUCCAUUCCACGUGAGGUUUGGAAAGCUAACAGCUAUAUCUCCGGCUGAUAAGACUGUCGAAAUUUAUGUCAACGGUGAAUUUGUCGAUUUCUUAAGAAUGUGUUUGGGAAGUGAUGGUGACGCAUACUUCGUGGAUUCUUCAGGUUCAGUAACCGACGAAUUUUUACCAUCAGACACAGUUGGUUGCCCAGGUUUUACGUAUGAUGAUACUUGGUCUGGGCUGUCCAUGCGUCGACACCCAAGAAAAGUUCGCCGAGACUCAGCCAUGAGUGAACCUGGUACGGAAUCUAAAUUAAUAGAAGAGAAUAUUGAUGAGUUAAAUGAUUACGAAGUUUCUUCUGAUUGUGAAACUUUGGAUGAAUCACUAAAGGACUCAUUGAGAUGUCGAAAUUCUAUGGGUAACAGCUUCGUUUCUGAUAGUCAGCUUGACGAAAGUUCUAAAGUUGCUGUGAGGGAAUAUAGCUGGAACUGGGGUUCUGAAGACCUAAAAAAUUGCCAGUCUGUUAAUAGCUCAGAUAUAUCGAACACAGAUAGAAGUGUCGUUAGAGAUGAUGGGACAAUGCAAGCCAAUGACACCUGUGGAAAGGGGUUAUACCUGGAGGAACUAGUUACAGAACAAGAUCAGAAUAUUAAAGAAGCCUACAUAUACCCUCCAUCUCAUGUUAAUCCAUCCAGUCAUAGUCAAAGUUAUGGUUCAAUACAUGCAACUGAUAGUGGAUAUGCGGAUUACGGUUAUCGAUCCGAUAAUGAGCACACUCCUAGGAGCAUAUCGCCUGUCAGUCCACAAGUUGCAAGCUUGAGACUUUCAUUGUGUGGUGGUUUGUCACCCGACAAACCUUGUUCUGAGGAAAAGUUUUUAGAACACAUAGUUUCUUACGAAGAAUUUAUUCGUGAGCCCAAUUCUAUUCUGUCCAACCCAAAUCUUGUGGUCUAUUUCAAUGGUCGUUAUUGGAACUGGCAAAUAGCUGCUCCUUCUAUAGUUAGUGUACUUGCGUUUCAAACGCAGUUGCCUUAUUUGACAUUGCAAAGGUUAGAGAGCCAAUACCUCCCCAAAAAGCAGUCUCGGCGCACUUCAUGGUUUAGUUGGGGCACUAGUUAUACACAGACAGUAACUGCAGCCCCGGAACCUGUCAUACCAUCUAAAAAAGAAGAGGACAAACCACAGAGUUCUAACUGCAGCUGUUCUGAACCAACUCUGGCUGAUCUACUGGACAACUUUUCAGCGGAAAGUUGUUUUGAACAAGCUGCAGCGUAUGUUCCCAGAAUAGUUAAUUCUCUGGAUUCAAGUGUGUUAUUAUACCUUUACGCGAGAUACAAGCAGGCUACUGCUGGUCCAUGCAAUGUUCCAAAACCAGGAAUCUUUGAUAUAAAUGGUCGUAAGAAGUGGUCAGCUUGGCAUGAUCUAGGAAAUAUGUCUACUGAAGAAGCACAAAAACAAUAUGUGGAGAAAUUACACGAAGUUGAUCCUACCUGGAAACCAUCAGAUACAAAACAAAGAUCUGUAUAUGUCAGUCGAAUGAUUAAUUUAGAUCCAAAUUCAAAUGAUCCACCGAUGACAUCUAAUAGUGAUGAGUCAAUUUUCAAUCUUAUUAAAGAAAAUGAUAUUGAAGGUGUCAAUAGUUUACUGUCGUCUAAAUCUGAUGAAGUUCAUGCAACAGAUAAAAAUGGUAUGACACCUCUUCAUUGGGCAUCUGAUCGAGGAUACUGUGAUCUAGUUUCUAUAUUACUUAAGCAUAAUGCUAUUGUAAAUGUCAAAGAUACAGAAGGUCAAACACCUCUUCACUAUGCUUGUUCCUGUGGUCAUGAUGAAGUUAUCAAAGUCUUAUUAAAGUAUGGUGCAGAUAUUCACGCUAAAGAUAAUGAAGAAAAUUCUGCUUGUGAUCUUUAUGAAGGUGAUUUCCAGGCAUUAUUCAAUGAUCAGAUAAACUCAUCAGCACACUUAUGA